AGGUCUCGCGCAUUCUCGCCUUAAUGAGAAGCACGCCGGAAAAGAAGAAACGACAUUUUUACUUAUAUUAAAUAUAUGAUCAAAAGUCGUCUUUAAGAAAGUUAAAAGGAUUUCCCAUGACUGACCAUGGAAUGACCACCAGCAACAACUCUAACUAAAUUUUUUGUGUCCAUUGCAAUGGAAACCAUCCACAGUACAAAGAAAAGAAAAUUCCCUAUUAAAAAAAAAAUUGAAGUGCCGUUUGUCAUCUGCUGUUGUUAGAGCUACUUGUCUGAAUUUGGACAUUGAUCAUGCAGUAUUCAGUUGCCUAUUUCUUUGGAAUUUGAAAACCAUUCAUCUGAAAGAGGAUCAAAGAAGGUUUGGGGAAAAGCUGAAUUCUUUGGAACCAUUCAGUUGAUAUUCCCGUUAUUCAGCAGUGUUAUUGAUGACAAAAUGGUGACAGGAUUCCUUGGACUAUCAUUACAUUUUUGAAAUUAAAAAAAAAAAAAAUUCCUCAUCGCAUUCGAUUUUAUCAUCAGCAAGGUUUUUAAGGGCAGACCAUGGCCAGCCAAGGAGAUGACUGCUACUUCUACUACUAUUCAAACUGUACCAAGGGUUCGACGUGCCCAUUCCGCCAUAGUGAGGCUGCUUUGGGAAAGGAGGUUGUUUGUACGUCAUGGCUACAAGGAAGAUGCCUUAAAGAUAACUGUCCAUUCAGACACAUGGAAAUAACUAAAAAGCGCAGCAGCAUGCCAUGUUAUUGGGAAAGUCAGCCGGGAGGAUGCCAGAAACCACACUGUGCAUUUCAACAUACUCAACCAAGGGACUUCUUAGAGGAGCAAGCUGUGCAGGAUUCAGCCCUGAUGAGAGUAGGACGGCCUGUAAUUAUACCAGGUGGAAAAAGUGAUGUGAACUUUGAGAUAGAAAGAAAUAACCCUAGUCCUAUUGUCCAGCCCAUUGUUGUUAACCCAUUUGAAGAAGAAUCUGACCAAGAUAGUAUAAAUGGGACUCCAGUAAAGCAUCAACCAAAGCUGCCUGAGACAAUCAAACAGACAAAAGUACCAACCAGGAAACUUGACCUGACAAGUCAAAAGGAUGAAUCUACAUCUACCAGUUUUGGUGUGAAAAGUUUGGAAGAGAUUAAGAAGGAAAAAGCAUUGAGGUCUAUGCUGGAGAAAAGGAAAAAGCCAGAAGAUCAGCAGAAGGGUACCAGUACAGAGAGGAGAAUUGUUUCAGCAACACCAGAGCAAACAGCAAAUGAUAAUAUUGGAGUAGAAGAAGCUGCUUUAGCUGCAGUAGAAGCUAGACUUGCACAACGAAAAAUUGUUGUUUCACCUGUGAAAAAAAGGAAAGCAGAAGAAAUGUCAAUUGGUGUGAGGACCCUGGCAGAUAUUAGAAGAGAGAAACAAAAAGAUUCUCAAGUUUCACCUGGAGAACCUACAGCAAAUGAUGCCAGGUUGAAGCUCACAAGAAGAAUAGGUACAGGAGCAGAAAAUAGAGAGAUUAGAAGAGAUGAUGCCAGGGUGAAACUAGCAAGAAAAAUCAACAUUGACACAGAGAAUGUACAGACUAAGAAAACAAAAAUCACUCUGAAGUCCCCUGGUGAAGAUGACAGUGGAAUAAAAGUGAAAACAUUGGAAGAAAUUAAAAAAGAAAAAGCCCUGUCCAAAAAGUUUGAAGAUGCACGUGCUGAUAAAGCAGGUGUAACUCUCCAUACUUUAACUGAAAAUAAAAAAAUGAAGAAUAUUCCUUCCUCUGGUAUUGUAAAAAAUAAACCAGCAGAAAAGGAUCCUUCAGAGAUAAAAAUCAAAACUUUGGCUGAGAUCAGAAGUCAGAAAGCUCAGGAACAAGGUAAACAAACAGAAGACCCACAGUCAGUCAAGCUAGCCAAAACAAAUAGGCAAACGAGACAGUUAUAUCAGCCACCAGUCAGACAAAGCCAAAGUGAACCUAAAGUAGGUUCCUCCGUAACAAUAGCCAGGGUGAAGCCACAACCCAGUACUUCAGAGCCAGCAAUUGUGAUACCAAGGAGUGCAAAAACAGUAAAAGAGGAUACAGACCCAAGUCAGCUUAAAGUAAAAACCUUUGAAGAAAUAAUGAGAGAAAAGAAAUUGCGCAAGCAACAAGAGUCUAAAUCUGAGAGUGACUCUGUAGAACCAGUUGUGAAGAGGAAAAAGGGGGGAUCACCCAUCGUAUUUGAGAACCAAAAAGAAACAGAUGAACCAGUAGCAAAGAGGAAAAAGAGUGGUUCACCCAUUAUAUUUCAAAGUGGAGAUCAAGGAACGUCCCCUUCAGAAACCAAGCCACAGAAAGCAGUUUCAAUACAUGACAGCCCCGCUUCACGUCCAGCAGUUAAGAAAUCUUUACAGAAAAACAACACUGCCUCAAAGACUAUAACUCCCUCUAGAACAUUGACGAGAAAAAGACUCUAAUGAACAGUCUAAUAAGUCACAGUCAUUGACACAGAGUAGGAGUGCAGAAAAAGGAGCUUUACAGACUGAAGAAACAACAGCUUCCCCAAAAGAACAGACCUCAAGCAGACGUAAUUCAAAUACUACAAAAUCACAGUCAAGACUUCGGAUGGAAUCAGCCACCGAUGAUUUGCUUGAUGAUGACCUAGACUUGUUACUGGGGGAUGUUUCUGAUACAAAAGAUGAUAGUGUUGUAAAAAAUGAUGAUGACUUGCUGCUUGAAAUGGAGGAAUUAUUAGCUUGACUUUCUAACCGAUGUGGAAUAAUUCUUCUGCUGUGAUCAGCAUACCUCAUUUAUUUUACAAAAAGUGGGAUCACUCUUCAUAAUCUAUGGGAAGUUGUAUAAUAACAAAAGACGGGUUAUGUUAAAAAAAAAAAGCUUCAUGAUUUGCGAGUGACCUAGUCAUAUGUGCCGAGACCUAAGUAGUGUUAAUACUCAUUUCUUCUGCAAAUUUACUUGAACUUGGUGAAAACAAAAGUCAAUUUUGCCUCUGUAAGUAGAAAUUUCUGGAAAAGGUAUUGAAAAACACAUUCCAAGUUACAGUAUGGUUGAAUUGAUUUGGAAAUAUUCAGUGAAUUUUUAUGUCGCAUAUGAGAUAAGUACUAUUAACUUGAACGUUAUUUAAAUCAAUAGAGAAUGAAACAACGUUGAUUAAAAUUUGUGACUUCAUCCUUGAUAAUUAGUUUGCAAUGGUUUAUUUUUAGCAAAAUUAUUUUCCUGGAGGGAGUCUGUUUUCCCACAAAUUCUGUACACGAUCCACAGCAUGUACGUUCCAUGUCAAUGUUAAGUUUAAUUUUCAUAUAACAAAAAAAAAAAAAAAA